UACCAAGGAGCGAGCUUGGAGAAGCAUCUCUGCCCUUCAUUAGCAGGCAGGGCUUCAGUCGUCCCGCGUGUGUAGCACUGCAUAGUUGGUGCCAGUGCUAAGAGUGCUAUGGUUGUUAUGUCGGCAGUUCACCAGUCCAGGAUGUUUCAGACGCUGCUGCUGCGGCCGUCCUCGGCGGGCCUCGGGCGGGUGGUGCUGCACCGCCUCACAAGCACCACGGCGAGCAGCCAGCAGGUGUCGGAGGCUGUGCUGGAGGAGGCGCGGCCCGCCACCGAGAUCCCCGGGCCGCGAGCCUUCCCAAUAGUUGGUUCACUCCCGUUCAUCAUGACUGACAAAAACUUCGACUCCAAGCGCUUCCACAAGUACUGGGCGUCGUUGAUAGAGCGCUACGGCCCCAUCGUGCGCCUGGUCAACCCAGGGCUGGGUGCCGUAGUGGCUGUCGCCAACCCCGAGGACUGCGAGAAGAUCAACAGAGCGUCGACGGACCAGCCGCAAAGGACGCCACUCACAUCCCUCAAGCAUCUCCGCGACAACUGGACCGACAACUAUUUCGAGAAGCGAAGCGGCAUCUUAGGGGAGAACGGGGACGAGUGGUGGCGGGUGCGGAGCCGCGUGCAGAACGCCAUGAUGAAGCCGAUGGUGGUGCGGGAGUACCUGGCCGAGAUGGACGACGUUACGCUGACAUUCAUGGACAGGAUCCAGGAGCUGCAGGACAAACACGGGCAGAUGCCGGACAACUUCCAGGAGGAGCUGUACAAGUGGGCGCUUGAGACGGUGGGCGUGGUGGCGCUGGACCGGCGGUUCGGGUGUUUGGGGGCGCCGCCGGGGUCCGAGGCGGCCAGGCGCGGGGAGGAACUCAUCAGCGUGGUCAACAACCUCUUCUCGUCCAUGGCCGCGCUGGAGUUGAAGACGCGAGUGUGGCUCCUCUUUCCCUCCCUCUUUCCCUCAUACAGGAGGCUGCGCGACAACCACACAAAGCUCCUCCAGAUAGUCACGGAACAGGUGGCAGAGACGGUGGCGUUGCUGCAGGAAGGCAAGGCGGAGGGCGAUAUGCAGUUGCCCGGAGAGAGGCAACACAGCGUCCUCAUGAAGCUGCUGUCCACCCCGGGACUCUCCCAGAAGGACGUCCUCACCUUCAUCAUGGACAUUGUCUUCGCUGGGAUUGACACGACCUCCCACACCAUGGCCUUCUGCUUGUAUCUUCUGGCCAAAAACCCCGAGGUGCAGAGGAAGCUUCAGAAAGAGGUGGACGAGGUGGUGGGAGACCUUCAAGGGCCUCUCACCCCGCAGCACAUGGCUCGGCUGUCCUACGCGAAGGCCGUAAUUAAAGAAACGUUCAGAAUAUUCCCCUUGACGUUCUCCUUGGCUAGGAUUCUGACACAGGACUUGGUGCUGCAGGGCUACAGGAUUCCGGCCGGGACCAACGUUUUCUCUCUCAACCCACUGAUCGGCUGGGACGCCUCCGUGUUCCCUCGCCCCGACGAGUUCCUGCCGGAGCGGUGGCUAAGGGACCGGCCGUUGGGUGAUAUACAUCCCUUCGCCAUCAUCCCCUUCGGCGCUGGAUCCAGGAUGUGUGUGGGGCGCCGCGUGGCUGAGCAGGAGAUGUACACUCUGCUGGCCAGGGUGGUGCAGCGCUUCACGGUCGAGUACCACCACGAGGACCUGGAGCAGCUCACUGGACUGGUGUUCUACCCGUCACGGCCCCUCAGGUUCAACUUCUUACCUCGCUAGUGACGGCGGUGGCAGCCUUUUGCUUACUCUUUAAGUUUAUUCUGUGUUGGGAACGGUUCCAAGGCAAAGUUAGUCUGAUAUCUGCUCCUAACAGUGAAUUACCGUUUACCGUUUACCGUUGAUGAGGUUUCAGGCUCCGCUCCACUGCUAGCGCAGCGCUCCGCAGUGGCCGUCAACAAUUAUGAUGUUAGGCUCAAUAAUAAUCCUCGAUAUGCACUUAUUCACAACGUCGUAGUGAGUGAGUGAGCUUUAAUUGCUUUCAUGGAUAGUCUACUGAUGUCCUUUUAAUAAACUUGGAAUCAUCAUAGUCACUUGGCCAUGUUUUGAGCCAAAACAUGGCUAAGUGACUAUGCUAAUCACAAUAUCUUUUGUAUCAUAAAUGAUAUGUUUGUGUGCGCAUUGAUAUGUUUUUUUUGUUUGUGCGCUUGUUGUAUUUUGUUGAUGACGUGGCGUUUCUGCCUUCCUGGAGGGUGCAGCCAUUGUGAGGAGUCAAUUGUGCUCCAGUGUUUACUCCAUCGCCACCACCUCCCUGUCCAGGAUUUUGUGCCAUGCGUUUGGUGUUUGUGUAUUGACGGGUGGCGUAGGACUUUGUGUGAUAAAGGUGUGCGGCGGUUCGGUAGGGAGGUGGUGGUGGUCAGUGCACUGACGGUGAUUUAUAUGCCGGGUACUUGGUACUGCCUGACGGCCAAUUAAGUGGUGAUACCUGGGUGGUGAUGGUCGUCGCCAAACUGCUGAAGCAGGCUGGUAACGGUCUGAUAUACCGGGACUAGGGCGAAUGGGCCGUAGGCCAAUGAAGUGAGUUAUGUCUAAUCAUUUACUGUGUAUAGGAAUUGUUUACAUUGUUACUGUUGGCUCAGAAAUAUUCAUCUAUUGUUACUACGUGAGGCUGUGUGUAAAAUUUCGUGAAUGACUCAUGCCAUGCUGCCCAUACAGGUUGAAAUAAACGAUUUGACAACG